AUGCUAAGCUUGGGCAGAAUCGAUAAGGGUGAACAUCUCGACGCACGACUACGGCGCCUGGAUAUGGUUGAAGAAGUGUUAAGACAACAUUCGAUAGUCAUCGACUCCUUUCAUCGGAGCCCGCCUCAGCUAACCCGGACUUCGUCGUCCACGCCAACGUUUGGUUACGAGGAUAUGUCCUACGAAACUAUAGGCCAGCCUCAGCAGCAACACGCCAAUGUAGCAAGCUCUACAAAUGCAACGAACGACGUAGGGGACAACCCAGCAGGCCACGUGAACGAUCAAGUCCCUCCUCUCACAAUCCCUCUCGGUCACCAAACUAGCACAAGCAGUCUUCUUACAUUGCCACAGAUGCGUACACUCGUGGGUGAUUUCCCAGAGGAAUUUCUCUUUCUAGUUGAGGAGAAUCGACCUCAGUCAUUGUGGUUGCAAUACAUCAAUUCGGCGCAGGGUGAGAUAGGGGAGGACUUUCUCCAGAUUGACAGGUUAUUCGCAGACGCAUGUCUCCAGCGAUACUUGACGAUGGUUCAUCCAUAUCGACCCCUCUUCGACCAGGAAGAUCUGAUGUCGCAAUACGAGAAGACAAUGAACCAAGGCCUCCGGGACGACCCAUGUUCUGCCUUGUUUUUGUCUGUCUUUGCUUUGGGGGCUACUUCAUUGGACCCAAUUGGCCCCACCACAGUCAGAUCCGCAGGUGACGAACUGAUCAAAAAAGCUCUUCGGAUACUCUUCCCAUCCUGGGCUAUGACUUUUAGCGGCGAUCUUGUUCUGUCUCAGGCGCUCAUUCUCUGCGCACUUUACUUCUGCUAUGUUGUCGAGCCUUUGAUGGCCUGGAGGCUUGUACAUAUGGCAUCGACAAGCGUCCAGCAAAUUCUCCUAAGGCGCAAAGAGCAUCUGUCCAAGAAUACCAAUGAAGGCGUCAUCAGAGUCAGUUGGGCAUGUUUCUUGAUCGAAUGUGACAUCCUUGCUGAGUUUCAUCAGCCUAGGAGUGGCAUCGAACCGCUAGUUGACAGGAUGCCCUUUCCAACAUACACCAACGCCACCGCAUCGGAAAGCCUGUACUCAUUGGCCGACAUAUCUGCACGGUCCUUGCUCAACCGAAUUCACCAUACCGUAUACUUCACCGAUAGUCUCUCGCUGUACGCGGGUCGUUCGCAGAGUUCUUGUGGAAUCCUCUCGUCUGAUCCUGAUGCUUCACUGUUAAGAGUGUGCGAAGAGCUCGAUCGUCAGCUCGAAACAUGGUACGAGUCACUACCCGAUGCCAUUAAACCGGAUCUUUUAGGCAGACCAAGAGGCAGUGACCAAGCUUGCGUUUUGCGUCUCAGGUACUGGUCUGCCAAACACAACAUCUAUCGACCAUUUGUAGUCUAUGUCACUUCACGAGCUGCAGAACAAGAGGGAAGUGUACCAGCGGCGGCUCUUGAACGAUGCCGACUUUGCCUUUCUGCUUGUCGAAUAUUUCUUCUGACCGCUGGUUACGUUCUGUCAGAAAGGACACCAUACACUUUUAGCACAGCACAGUGCGGUCUCGGUUAUGCGCUCAUCAUCGCGCUUGCUGCCCAGACCCCCGAACUAGCUGAUUCAGUUGAGGAUGUUUCAGAAUUACUGGACACGGCAAUUGGGCUCCUGAAGCCAUGGGCCUUCCCUGGAUCGAGUAUUGAAUGCGGCCUUGAAAUUGUAAGUUCCAUACACAGAAAGCAGCGACUGCGUAGCCAUCGAGCCCGUUAG